CCCGACGACACUGUUAAUUCCGAGCAGCAAUCCCCCAAACAUCUGUGUUCACUCUCUGGAGGGAGAUGGCUGUUUUCCGGCUGUCGCUGCUGCUGCAAGUUGGAUUUGUGAUCGGAUCACACCAUAAAUACGCGGAAUGGUCAGCGCACGGGGAAGAUAUCGGGGCAGGGGAUGCGAUUUACGGCGCUCAGACGCACCGUCGGCAGCUGGCGCAUCUCCGUGCGCCUCAUCAUGCUGCCGAGGAGACGGCGGAGCUGCCGCAGAAGACAGACGAGCAUCUCCGCAGGGUCGUCACGGCUUUUUUACACACGGGGAACUCGACCACCUUAAAUAAUGCCAACUGCUCGCGGAAGUACGAGCUCCCCUCUCUGCGGGGAAGGUCACACGCCACCCCGCAUUACUCCAUGAGCAGCGUGCUGGAUACGGUACUGCACGCCACAAACUUCCUCAACAUGAUCCUGCAAGCCAACAGGUCCAGGGAGCACAACCUCCGGCGAGACAUUGAGUGGUACCACGCGUUAGUCAGGAGUAUACUGGAAGGAGACGCCAAGAUUCACCGGGCGGUUGUUACUUUUAGUGGGGAUUCAUCUUUCCCGGGGCCCUUGGUGCUUCUCCAAGCCACCAGGGCUGGUGGAGAAAUAGUACUUCAAGACCUCUCCAGCAUGGCCCAGCGUCAUCUGCACAACCGCACGGCAGAGACCGAGUGGUACCACGAAAUAAAAGACAGGAAGAACCCUAGUUUCCAUAAGAGGGUGCUGAGCCAAGAUUUCAGAUCGGUGGACAAUUCAUUGAAAAGAGGAGAGAGUUUUAUCCCGGACAAGACGCACGUCAGAUGGUCUGCGCCCUACCUGGAGUGUGAGAAUGGGAAUUUUAUUCCCCGUUGGCUUUUGACCUUAUCGACUGCCUUCUAUGGCCUAAAAUCCAACCUGGCUCCUGAAUUCAGGGGAGUGGUUCGAGUGGACAUUAAUCUACAGGAUGUUGAUAUCGACCAAUGCUCCUCUGACGGCUGGUUUGCUGGAACCCAUCAAUGCAACUUGACCACUAUGGAGUGUUUGCCAAUCCGUGGUCAUGGAUUUGUCUUGGAUAAGUACAAGUGCCACUGCAGGAAAGGUUUCUAUCAUCCCAACAGAGUAGCUGUUAAUGGCUUUGCAAGGAUGGGAAGAAAGGGAAAAGCUGUAGACGGCAGUCCCACGACAGACGACGGAUCUUCCAGCGACUGCCUGCCUUGCCAGGAUGGCUGUGCCUACUGUAAAGAUGACACCCCCUGUGUGGUGCAAGAGGAUGGCGCUCUUCGCAUGGCUGUGCUCUCUUUCCAGUGCCUCUGCAUGCUGAUAGUCUUCAUUAGCAUGGUGCUCAUAUACCACUUUCGGAGGAAUAAGAGUAUAAGGGCAUCAGGUCUUGUCCUGCUGGAGGCCAUCCUGUGUGGAGCUCUGCUUCUCUACUUUCCGGUUGGGAUUCUCUACUUCCAGCCGAGUGUUUUCCGCUGCAUCCUUCUGCGUUGGGUUCGAUUGCUGGGUUUCGCUACUGUCUAUGGGACGCUGACUCUUAAGUUGUACAGGGUGCUGAAGGUGUUCCUGUCCCGUACAGCCCAGAGGAUCCCCUAUAUGACAAGCUGGCGAGUGCUGCGUCUGCUGGGUAUCAUUCUGCUCAUUGUCUGCUGGUUCCUGGUGGCUUGGACAUCUGCCGUCUGUCAAAACCCGGACAGGAAAUUGGCUCUCAUCGAGGUGGGCUACACGCCCGAUGGACUGCAGUUCAGCAUAUGCCUCCUGGAUCGCUGGGACUACAUGAUGGCUGUUGCUGAGUUCCUCUUCCUGCUGUGGGCAGUUUAUCUGUGUUACGCUGUGAGGACUGUGCCAUCGGCCUUUCACGAGCCUCGCUACAUGGCCAUCGCUGUUCACAAUGAGCUUGUCCUGUCUGCUAUAUUCUAUGUCAUCAGGUUCGCUCUCGCUCCUGAGCUCCAUCCAGACUGGAUGCUGCUCCUGUUCUUCACCCAUACCCACCUAACUGUCACAGUCACAUUGGGUCUUCUACUUAUUCCUAAGUUCCUGUUUGCUGGCACCCACAUGAGAGAUGAUAUCGCCUCUGAGGCCUAUGAGGACGAGCUGGACAUGGGUCGCUCUGGGUCGUACCUCAACAGCAGCAUAACAUCAGCGUGGAGUGAGCAUAGCUUGGACCCUGAAGACAUCCGGACACCAGACGAAAUGGGCCAUCUCAGUUCUAUUAAUGGCUGUGGCAUAAGGUCUUGCGACAGCCUUUGGGAAAAACGUGCCAACGAAGAGCUGAAGAAACUGUACUCCCAGUUGGAGAUUUACAAGAGGAAGAAGAUGCUGGCAAAUAACCCUCAUCUCCAGAAAAAGCGAAGCUCUAAGAAAGGGCUAGGUCGCUCGCUAAUGAGGCGCAUCACAGAGAUUCCCGAGUCUGUGCAUCGGCAGUGCAGCCGUGAAGAGAAGGAAGUGGGAGAGCAUGGGAGCAAUCGUAACAGCAUCUGCAUGUUGAAGAAGAACCCCUUAGAUAUGGCUUACCCAGGAAAACCAGCUAAGGAGGAGACACUGAAGAACAAGGUUUUCUCCCUGAAGAAGUCACACAGUAGCUAUGAUCAUGUCCGUGACCAGAGUGAGGACUCCAAGAGCACCGUGAAUGACAAGAUAGAUGCGAACACAGCUGAAGAGUCUCUCCUGGAUACACUUAUGGGCAAGAAGCUUGUGAAGAAGAAGUCCAAUGAGAAUGUAAAUGUCCCCAGUGAAUCUACAGAAUCAGUUCCCUUGGUAUGCAAGUCAGCCAGUGCCCAUAAUCUCACUGCAGACAAAAAACCAAUUCAUCCAAGAGCCUCCAUGCUGCAGAAGUCCCUCAGUGUCAUUGCAAGUGCCAAAGAAAAGACUUUGGGUUUGACUGGAAAGACGCAGAGUACAGAGGAAAGCAAUAAAAAGAAUCAGCCAAAGAGCAAAGACACAAAGGCAAAUGUAGAGCCUGAAAAUGAGUGCCAGCCCAAGAUGAUUAUCAGCCAGUCAGUUGAGUACAAACAAAGCACCACAAAAGGCAGAAUCAUGAAACAGCCAGUUAGUGGCAGCCAGCCGACAAUUUGCUCUGACCCCAUUAAGGGAAAAGACCUCUAUGAUCUCUCAGAAGUAUGUCCCUGGGAGGUGGAGGAUCUCCCAACUCCAUCUGAAAAUAAGGUCCAAAAACAUGUAUCUAUAGCACCAAAAGAAACCACAACUGUUCACGGAGGUAGCACUAAAGGAGCCAAAUCUCAGAAGCAGAAAGGUUCUGAUCAGUCUCCAUCUAGUGGCAGGCACUCAAAGGAGAUUCAGAGGUCAUCAGCUAUUCAAGCAGAGGUGUGCCCAUGGGAGGAGGGAGGUGAGAGUCAAGCCAGUCAAGUGGAAGCAUCGAAGCAAUCAGUAUCUCAGCCUAAAGCCCAGCAGCCUCAGUCUGCAGUUGAAAGUUCCAAAACACAUCGGGCUGAUGUUUGUCCAUGGGACUUCGAAGAGCUGAAAAAACCAACCGCAUUAGCUCACUCACAAGACGUGACAAAUCAGAAAAAGGGAACAUCUCCAAUGGAUGCAAGAGGCAGAAGCACCUUCUCAGAUCCACCCAAAGGAGCAGCAUUACUAACAUCAAAAGCUGAUGUCUGUCCAUGGGAAUUUGACAGCACCGCAGCAUCUCCAAAUUCUGAGAGGAUACCUAGCCCCUCACAAACACCCAAAACCAAGGAAUCACCUUCUAAAAAGAAAGGGCCCCCUUCCACAAGAACAGUUGAGCAAGAGAAAUCAAAAGACGUUGACGAUGAAAAAAGUAGAACAAAAGUGAAGGACAAGAGUAAAUAUUCAGAGAAACACAUGAGCCAACAAAAGAUGGCAGAGGUUUGCCCGUGGGAUGUAGAGAGUCACCAGGAGGUGCCACUAGUAGAAAAAAGGAAAAGCGCUAACGUCGGAGCAGCCAAAGAAAAGCAGGCGGAAGUCUGUCCGUGGGAUUUUGAGGAUAAAAAAGGUACAGAAAAAAGUGCUUCUGCAGUGAAACAGAGCAACCCAAUUCCUAAAGGUGGGGCUGUAAGUGCUGCUAAAAAGGCAGACGUUUGUCCUUGGGACUUCGAGGAUAGUACAUCAAGCAAGAAGGCAUGACACUCAACCUUAA